UAUACAAAACACCAAGGCGCCAAAAACACCGAAUCCAUUAAUCCGCCAGAGGAACAAGAACAAGUAUGUGAAGAAAAACAAAUAGGCGAAGUGGUCAAAGAAAAAAUUCAACCUGAAGCCUGCAAAAUUGUUAGACGCAGUGGAUGCAAAAUAAAUUCCCAGGAAUAUCUUGGAAAUUUGGAAUAUGUGGAUGAGAGUCAAGUGAAGGACGUACUUCCAUUAAAAGAUAUUGAGGCACUUGAAAUCGAAGGCAUAAUCGCUCCAAAUCCAAAGCCAUGGGUAUACGACAAUAAACUGUUGGCUUUCAUCCCACCUGCUAACUGCAUUGCAAUUAAACUUGAUUACAAAAAACCAGAAUCCUUUGCAUCUGUUACUGAACGUCUCCAAUGGGAAGCUGCCGCUCUUGUCGAAGCAAAUAAAUUAAAAGAUCAAUUGGAAAAUGGUGAAAUCAAACCACGAUUAGUAGCACACAGACUUGUCUUAAAUGUCCCAAUCUGGGAACUUUCUUCUGAAAUGACUGCAGACAUUAUUACACAAAUUACGGAGAUAGAAAGAGACGAUAAUAUCGAGCGUAAAUUUAGUACGCAUUGCAAGAAGUUGUGUGAAUACGUGAAAUUGGAUCGUGUACGCGCUGGUAAAUGCCUAAUACAACUGAAAGGUUUAAAGAAGUUACAGUUAAGUCAAUUGAUGUUGCUACGCCACCCACAUUAUGUUGGCAUCAUCCGCCGCUUGUGUAGAUAUGUAGGAAACCUAGAGCAGUGGAACUUGCCCAGCGAGGGAGAAGCAUAUUUCAAGUGGACUGCUAAACUAAUCCGUCACGAUGCCACAAUUAUAUACAAUAAUUUCAAGAGAUUGUUUAAUUACAAUGGCGUAGGAGAAUUUUGGUGUGAAUUUAAUAAGCAUGUUAAAGAAUUUAUGAAGGUCACGCAGAACUUGACAAAGAUCCAUCGCUUUUCUUUAACUAAUUCUGCGUAUGAAAGGUUAUUAACUAUAAAAACAAAGAGGUAUGAAUCGGGAGACCAUCCAACUGCAUUCAUUCCAAAAUUUGGAGUAGUUUAAUUAACUGGAAGAUUUAAAAGAUAAUACCCAUGAUGAUUCAGACAUUGA